AUGAAAUGGACAAUUCUGGUAACAGUUAACGAUGGAUAUUUUGACUUUUUUCAAAACUGGCUUCAUUUCUACAGAAAGCUUCAUUUGAACUAUAGACUGAUAGUAAUAGCGGAAGACGACAUUGUUUUCUUUAAACUACAACAACUUGAUGGGAACUUAAUAACACUUGAAAAAAGUCGGCGGAAUUCUUCGAGAGAGGCUGUAGUGUAUGGAAGUGAAGCGUUUAGCGAGCUGGCAUCUGCACGUCCGACUUAUAUCCUUAAAUAUCUUCAGAAUAGAGUAAACAUUGUGUAUGCAGACAUAGAUGCUGUCUGGUUACGGAAUCCUUUUCCUUACUUCAACGGAAGCUUUGACAUGUGGAUGCAAUCUGACGGGCCUAAGAGUUUGUGUACAGGACUAAUGGCUAUUAAAAGUAGCAAUGACACGAUAAAGCUUAUGCUGGAGUGGGAAGCUUCAUUGAAGAAACAUCUUCAAAUUGACCAGUCUGCAUUCAAUAAGGUGGUAAAAUACUCAAAGGCACGCUUAAAAACUUUAGAUACUAACCUUUUUCCUUCAGGACGUCUAUAUUUUAAAGAAUUCAAAGACAAUCAAAGAAGCAAUGUUGUAAUCGUUCAUAAUAAUUUCAUAAAAGGUCAUCCAGCAAAACUACAACGCUUCAAAACAUAUAAGCUGUGGUACUCCCAAUAG